AUGGGGGGUGGUCAACUGAAAUUAUUCCGCGUAGCUUCGGUCUCAGAGCAGCGAAUAGAAGAGGCUCAGGCUCAGCUGGAAGGGGGGAGGAAGAAUCCCGACGUAUUGAAGCAGCGGAGUGAUUCGUUGGUGGCCCUAACCCAGUCUGCACCUUCAGAAAGCCCAGCGCCGGUUUCAACCCCCAACAUUGACCACCACACACUCGAUUAUCCGCACGAGCGCGGAACCGCCAAGCUGGAGGACGACAAGGACCACAGGGGGUUCAGGGAGACCCUGAAGGAGGGGUUGAAAGAGACCUUCAAGGAGGGCCUGAACCAGCUGCUACACCCACGGUCCCCGAGCCCGAGUCUCGAUCCCUCGCCUACCAUGGCCCAAGAGCAGGCCCCUCCCAAGGCACCGCUCCGGCCUUCAAGCAACCACGGCAAUGCCGGCGCAUCGUCGACCCAGGAGGGUAACAAGCCCCAGCCCUUUGUCAAGCAUAAUGGCUUCGGCCCCGUCACAUCCACCAGCUCCUCGGGCUCUGGCAAGAGACCUGCUGUGAAGGCAAGCGCAUAUGGAAACAAGGCUUCCCUAGAGGACAAGUACGCCCACUUGUUCAUCCAGCCCAAGUCGCGCCCCGAACACCACCGCCCUACCAGGAUCAAUGGACCGCUGGGACCUUCUGCUAAGGACAAGAAGCCCCCGCCGCAGCCCUUGUACAGCACCCUGGGCCCUGCAGGCUCGGCCGCCAACCCCAUAUCCGUCGCCGACACCACCCCCAAGUCCAUCUACAGCCAGCCCAACUUCUACUCGUCGGACUAUGUGGAUCCGAAGAAGGCUGCUGCCGACCUCAAGGCGCUCAUCGAAGGUUCCGUCGAGGAUGAAGAAGACAAAGUGCCCACCGACGAUGGCCAGGACCGCUCCCAGGUGGACGGUCUCAAUGUGCGGCUGCUUCCACACCAGGUCGAAGGUGUCGAAUGGAUGAAGGGCCGUGAACUCGGCCCCGUAAAGAAAGGCAAGGUACCCAAAGGCGGCAUUCUCGCAGAUGAUAUGGGUCUCGGCAAGACUCUGCAAUCCAUCUCCUUGAUCCUCACCAAUCCCAAGCCGAAGGAUUCGGAGAAAAUGGUUGGCGUGGAUAAAACCACACUGGUUGUGGCCCCUCUUGCCUUGAUCCGACAGUGGGAGGCAGAACUGAAGGAAAAGGUCGCCGACACUCACAAAUUAAAGGUGCUCGUACAUCACGGGCCACAACGGACCAAGAGCUUUGAAGACUUGCGCCGAUAUGACGUUGUUAUCACAACCUAUCAGAUUCUUGUUUCUGAACAUGGCCACUCCGAUGGCAAACUGAAAGCAGGCUGCUUCGGCCUUCAUUGGUACCGUGUCAUCCUGGACGAAGCCCACACCAUCAAAAAUCGCAACGCCAAGUCUACAAAGGCGUGCUACGAUCUUCGCAGUGUCUACCGUUGGUGUCUCAGCGGUACACCCAUGCAGAACAACUUGGACGAGCUCCAAAGUCUUGUUAAAUUCCUACGGAUCAAGCCUUAUGACGACCUCCGUGAAUGGAAGGAUCACAUUGAGCUACCAAUGAAGAAUGGCAAGGGUGAGGUCGCUAUUCGUCGACUGCACAGUAUCCUCCGCUGCUUCAUGAAGCGCCGAACAAAGGAGAUUCUCAAACAGCCGGGCGCACUGGAUGCCGGAGGAAAGGGCAAAACCAAGGACGGCGAGGAAGAGAGUGCUACAUCUGGCUUCAAGAUCACCGAGCGAAAAGUCGUCACCGUGGAAGCCGUCUUUUCGCCGGCCGAACGGCGCUUCUAUGACCGACUAGAAGCGCGAACAGACAGAAGUAUCGAGAGCAUGAUGAAGACCAAAGGCAAAGUCAACUACGCCAAUGCAUUGGUUCUCCUCCUGCGCUUGCGUCAGGUCUGUAACCACCCCAAGCUGGUCGAGGGAAAGUUAGAGAAGGAUAGGGAAGCUCUAACUACAGAAUCCAAACCCAAGAGCAACGACGCUGACGUCGACGCCCUGGCUGACCUGCUCGGUGGCCUAGACGUCCACGCGACACACUGCGAUAUCUGUGGCUGGCAACUCGACAAGGAGAAUCGCGUGCCAGACAGCGAUGUGUGUAAAUCGUGUAAGGAGGAUCUGGACUACUUCAACAAUCAUGAAGAUGUCGGCAACGAGGCCCCGAAGAAGAAACGAAAGCCCAAGUCCAAGGUCAAGAAGGUGGUGAAAGAAAAGGUCAAAAUCGAGGCUGCCAAACCCUCGCGCAAGCCUAGAAACAGAAAGGCUGUUCUGGAUAGUGAUGAUGAGGAAGACGAACCUGUAGUCAAGCAAGUCCGGAAGCCCAGACAUCGCAAUCCCCUACUUGACAGCGAUGAUGAGGAAGCCGAAGGAAGCUGGAUUGUGUCUGGAGAUGAGCAAGGUCCCUUACGGCUCGGCAAAGCCGGCGGCACGGAUGAUGAGAAUGCCGAGGGCGAAGGCGAGACCAUUAACACCAAUGAUUCAGAGAGCGACUCUGAGGAUGAUGGCAGCAAGCUUGAUAGCUUCAUCGUCAACGACGACAAUGCCAAACCUGAAGAAGUGCAACGCGCUUUGGAGGACUCAGAUUCGGACUCUGAUGAUUCAUUCGAGUCCAUUUCUGCCAUCCAGUCACAGGUCAAGGCACAGAAGGCCAAAGCAGCACAGAAAGUUGUGGCCAGUUCAGACGAGGAUGUCAACUCUGACGGGUCCGAAGAGACCGACUCUGAAGACGGCAUCUCCGGAUCCGAAUUCGAUUCCGACUCUGACAACCAGCACAACCGCUCCUUGAACCCAUUCAUCUCAGACAUGACUUAUAAGAGCAAAGAGAAGACGCCGCUCGUCCUGGCGUCGGCAAAGAUCCGCCAGCUCAUGACUAUCCUCCACAAGGAGAUUGAUGGCCACAAGUUCAUUGUCUUCAGCCAGUUCACAUCUAUGCUCGACAUCGUGGAGCGCUUCUUCCGCAAAGAUGGCAUCCGCUACGCCCGCUACGAUGGUGGCAUGAAGAACGACGCACGCGAGGCCGCGCUCGACUCCCUGCGCAACGACCCCCGCACCCGCGUGUUGCUCUGUUCGCUGCGGUGUGGUGCCCUAGGCCUGAACCUGACGGCAGCAUCUCGUGUCGUCAUCCUGGAGCCCUUCUGGAACCCCUUCGUCGAGGAGCAGGCCAUCGACCGUGUCCACCGUCUGACCCAGAAGGUUGACGUGGUCGUCUACAAGCUCACAGUUGAGAACACGGUCGAGGAGCGCAUCCUUGAGUUGCAGGACAAGAAACGCCUCCUCGCCGAGCAGGCCAUCGAGGGCGGCAUGCGCAAGGAGGCCCUCAAGCUUGGAGUCAAGGAGAUGAUGGAGCUGUUCCGCCACGUGCCGACAAGUCGGCGCGGAGACGACGACUACGGCGCGUCGACGUCGUCCCAGUUCGGCGACGAUGCUGUGGUCAGACAGGACGUGAUGGCCAGCAUGGCCGGCAUGGCCGGCAUGAUGAAGAAGAAGCAGCGGCCACAGGAGAAUGCGGUCUACGGGCGCAGGUGGUAG